UAAGUUUGGGUAUAAUAGCAUGAAGGACAUACCAUCUAGCAGCAAUCUAGCAACACAAACUAAUCACAAUGGCUAAACUAUGUCAAUUUGUAGCAUUUAGCUUAGUAUGGGUGUUAGCAUGAAGGACAGACCAUCUAGCAGCAAUCUAGCAACACAAACUAAUCACAAUGGCUAAACUAUGUCAAUUUGUAGCAUUUAGCUUAGUAUGGGUGUUAGCAUGAAGGACAGACAAUCUAGCAACACAAACUAAUCACAAUGGCUAAACUAUGUCAAGUUGUAGCAUUUAGCUUAGUAUGGGUGUUAGCAUGAAGGACAGACAAUCUAGCAACACAAACUAAUCACAAUGGCUAAACUAUGUCAAGUUGUAGCAUUUAGCUUAGUAUGGGUGUUAGCAUGAAGGACAGACAAUCUAGCAACAUAAACACAAAUUCCAGCCUGAGAUAAUCUACACAGUGUAUUCACAAUGUACUGGUAUGAAUGAAGAACAACAAAUCUAUGUAACAGAGUGUGCUGAAGUGACCAUCUAGACACAUAAGUUGACCAUCUGAUUCAAUAAGUGCACUUGAAUAAAAUAAACAAAUAAAUAAAUAACUGCACAAAGAGAACAAAGAAAAGAAGAAAAAAAAACAUUGGACAUACCAUCUUAAAAUGUAACAUCGUUUCUUGACUAGAAUAAACUUACAGAAGCCAAGUUUCUUAAAUAUGUUUGUUGGAUUCUUAUAUACCCUGUUGUGCUCUCUGGAAAUAUAACAGCCCUGUUAAACAACAAACAAAGCAAUGUAUAGUAACUAUGAGUGGAUCACUUGAUGUAAGCUAGAUGUAUUUCUAAAUAAGAUGGAGCUCAAGGUAUGGAUGGAUGGCAUCCAGAGGGUGGUAAGUGGAGCCAACUAUGACACCACAUGCCGUGAUGUUGUUUUGGCUCUGGCUCAUGCCAUGGGACGCACUGGCCGAUUCACACUGGUGGAAAAGUGGAGGGAAUCAGAACGGCCACUCACACCUGCAGAAUGCCCCCUCUUGUCACUGCAUAAGUGGGGUGAGUAUGCAAGUGAAGUGAAGUUUUAUUUGAUUCAGGCAGAGUCAGACAAAGUCAUAGGCCGUAAGAAAGGUAAUCUCAAAGAAGCUAAGCUGGAUGAGUGGAUUAAUAAGAUUCCCAAAGGAAAUCACUCUACAAACACUCUUGCUUAUGACUCCCUUAAGAGGUCUUUGACAUUUAGUGGAGUAAACACAAUUCCUUGUCCUCCAAUGUCAUCCUCAAAUGGCUCAGAUGUAUCAUCAAACCAUAACAGAAUGGAUCAUGGUUAUCAUGAUAUGAUGACCAAUAAUUCUUCUUCUGCUAACAGCAGUCGAGCGACUGUAAAGCCUUUGCCUAAUGGAGACAUAAGAAUAACAAAAGAUUAUCGUCAUAGUCAUGCAGUUCAGACAUCUUUGAAAGACAUUGACAGGUUGGACUCUCCAAAGCUUUCACCUGUAAGUAUGCAUGUAUUGAACAGAGGUGAUGGUAAGGAUGUGCACCCUUUUGCUAAAUCCAGUAGCUUGGCUCAAACUGGCAGAGGCGAUGCCCGGGAGAUACAUCCUGCCAAUAUGCCAGGCUCUGUCUCCCCAUAUGAUCAAAAUCACAGUGCACCUCAUCAGAAAGCUCUAUCACAAAUUCCUUCACAUCAGAGGGUGUCACCAAAUCAAUUCCUUGCAUCAUCACAACUUCAGAACCCUUCCUAUGUACAGUCAUCAUGGAAGCAAAAUACAGGUGUAAAUAUUUCAUCAUCUUCAUCAGCACCCACACCAGCUAACCGUAUGCUGCAUCAACCCCCUUCACUUUCACAACCAUCCUCACUGGACAGCCACCCUCCACCUUUGCAUCUGCCAUUGUCAAAACCACAGGCAUCCCUUAGCUUUCACACUCAGCCACAAAAAGAACCAUCAUCCUCUCAGCCACUACCUAAAUCCUCCUCUCUGCAGUACUCUAAUCACAACAGCCGCCAACAAACCAAACAGCGUCCUCUGCCGGCACCACGCCAUACACAAAAUCCAACAGGUCAAUUUGAGUAUCCCAACACCCAAGGUAGAAAUGUUCAAGCACCACUGCCUAGGCAGAGAUCUCGAGAAAGAAAUGAGUCUAAAGAAGCACAGCCUCCUGCACUUCAAAAAAACAAUGAUGAGCAAACUAAACCUUUAAGUAUUCAUAAUAAGUGGCCUCCUCUGGAGGAUUCAUUUUACAGUAAUGAGGACAAUGAUAGCAAGUUUCCAAAGCCUACCACAGUCAGGUAUGCUCCCAACAGAAGAUAUAGGGAUGAGAUUAAAGACAUCAGUAACUCAAACAAUAACAGCAAAACUUUGAGUAAUGUGAAAGCUGUAGAAAAUGCCAGUUCUCCACAAAACUCAACAGGCUAUGCUUAUAAAUCUUCCACACUUGAAAGAUCUGUUCCUCAUCAAAAAAAAAGUUUGCCUACUCCUGCUCGAAGUUUGAGCACCGGGGAAACUGAUGACAGCAAGCCUGGGAGUGAUCAUCUGCCAUUACCAGCUGUUCAGCCCCGAUCAGGUUCAGAAGGGGCUAAGUUGAAUUUUGUGGACUCUGCUUUGAUGAAACAUACAAAGACCAGUAUAGACCCAAGCAGGUCACCAGGAGUCAUGUCUUCCUUUGCUUCCGCAGUUGCCCAUGUUCGCCAGCAGAGUGCUGAUGGAAUCUUGAAACCUAAAGUGAAUUUUCAUGUAAGACAAAGUAGCUCUGAUGGUGGUCCCAGUGAAAACAUGCUUCAGGAAGGAAUAAAGUCGAAUGAAGCAACUAAUUUAGCUUCUAAUAGUCAUAAUCAACAGUCUGCAUUGCAUCGUUCAUCAAAUGAUUCAACCAAUGCUAGUUUAGAAGGUCAUUCUAAACAAGCCACUUCCCAGCAUUCCAUCACAUCUACCUCCCCCAGCUCACCACCUCCAACUUUCUCUCCUAUAAACUUCAGACCUACAUCAGCAUUCAAAGAAGUUUCACAAAGAAACAACAGGGUGCAAUCACCAUCAAAGGUGCCAAACUCCUACAGCCUGAACCAACCAAGCUUUAGCACAUUUGGCAUUGGUGUGCCCCCUGCACACCCACCCAGUGGUGGGAAUCAUUCAAGACAAUCCAGUGUCGAGAUUGAGGAAUAUGAUCUAGACCAAAACUUUAAAGAUGUGUUGCUUCGUGAUACUGCAGGCACUACAAGUCUUGGCAAGAACUUGGACAUUCCAAUGGAGUAUAGCCUUGAUAGUGGUAAAGUCACCCCUGUCAAAACUGAGACUGAGUAUUUACAAUUAGUACGGUUAAUCAAAGUUCAGCAAGAGAAACUCCAAACUCAAGAAGCUAAGAUUAAGGAUACAGAUAUGGAAAUCUCCAGUUUAGAAUCAAAUGAAUCACAAUAUCAGCUGAGUAGAGAAAAUAUUUCUGAACAAGUCUCCAUACUUGAGAAAGAGGAACUAGAAAACCAGCAAGAUCUAAUGGAAUUGGAGAAAGUGGACUGGGUACAAAUUAUUGAUGGAGAAAAGAAACAGGAUUCUAGUUAUAAAAUGCAGUUAGUGAAACUCAAAAAGGAAAUAGAAGAGCUUGAUGUCAAAUUAAAAAAGACAAGAGAUGAAGAAGAAAAGCUGAAGAAAGAGUUGCAGUCUGAACAACAAUCUGUUGAAAAUAAGAAGAAAAUGUCUGAUGAGGGAGAAAAACUGGCUUCUUUGGAGCUGUCCAAAUUGAAAGAGGAUAUAUCUCUUGUGAACAAAACUAUUCAAGAGAAGGAACAUCAACAGAAACAAGUGGAAGACUCUAUCAGAAAUGUUGAAGAGAACAAACUUGAAAAGGAAAAGAAAGUAGAGGCUCUGCUAAGAGAGUGGGUGGAUGACAGUGCAGAGGAUGAAGAUGAAGAACAAAUGCAAGUUCUUACUGAUUCUGUCUCUGAAGAGAAUCACACUGAAGCAUCUCUGGCUAGCAAAUCACCUAAAUUGUCAGCUUCUGAUAAUGGAGAAGUUAUUCUCAAAAUUCUGGAAGGUCGUUUGUCUCCUCACCCAGGACUGGAAGGUUUAGUUAGUGAAGGUCUUAAGUCAGCUCUCAAGUCUCCCAUGACCACUAAGAAUCCUAAUGGUGUUUGGGUUUAAAGCAUCCUGAUGUCCUACACCAUAGAAUGCAUAGAGAAUUCUCUACAAGAUUGUUGACAGCGGAGUUGACUGCUGGAGUUUUUAAAUUUGGUGUAGGGCAGGCAGAAACUACUUAAAACUUUAAUACUGACCUGAUGGUCACUAACUGUUUUUUUUUUGUUGUUGUUGUUAUUUAAAUCAAAAUUAGACAAAAAAAAAGUGUAUAGAACAGCAGAUUAUCUGAAGAUGUUUCAGACAAUAUUUGAGAUGUUGGUUUGUGAUGUUUUUGAAGUUUAAAUUAAUUGUGAUGUUUUGAUUCACACAAGUGAUAAUUAAAAACUCUGAUAUUUUAUCCAGGAAAGUCAACUGAGCAUUCAGUCAUGGAUUAUCUAUUAGAAGUCUUCCAUAACUAGUUAACUAAAAAAAUUUACACUACUAAUUAAAAAAAGGGAUACCUUCUUGUUCGGACACUAACAACAAUACAAUGCAUAUAUAUAUAUUAAUGUGACGUCUGUGAAUACAUUAUGACCAAAGAAACAAGAAUGUGCAUAUGUGUUUAUUUCAUAUCUUUAUCAUCUCUAAAGGAUGGCUUUGCAAUGAUUUCUAUGCUUACUAUGCCAAUGAUUGUGUCAAUUGAGUUGUUUUCAUGCCUUGUUUAUAAAUAUGUUAUGACUUCUGUGGACCAAUGCUAGAUUUAAUGUGAGACUCAUUGAAAAACUAUAUUAUGGGAGUUUAUGUAUGUCACAUAAAGAACUUCUCAUUCCAGUUCUAUAAAGGUUAGGGAAAUAUUCAGCUAGAGAUUAUUUUUAUUUUUCAAAGAAAAAAAAUAUUUACCUAUGUUUUCAAGACUAAAUCAUUCCUACUUUAAUAAGAAAAUGAAUUCAUUCCAGUUCUAUAAAGUUUUAGAGAAGGAUUUCAGUAUUCAGCUAGAGAUUUUUUUAUUUUUAAAAGGAAAAAAUAUUUACAUGUUUUCAAGACUAAAUCAUUACUACUUUAAUAAGAGAACAAUUUUAAUAAUUGCUAUGUUCAUGGCCAUUAGGAUCAAGAAAUAAAUAGAAUAGUUCAUCUGCAUAGUUUCCAAGAGUACAAUUAAGUAUUCUUGGCUGUAUAUUGACUUCUAUUUAUGCUAAUGCUAUGAUCUUCAGAUAAUGUUAGAAAUUGGAUGCUGAAAUUAGUAUUUAUUUAGUAUAAAUAUAUAAAGACUAGAAAUAGGAUCAUACAAUUUGUUGUGAAUGUUUGCAGUGUAGGAAGUUGCUGUUAUUAUAGUGGAUGCUGUUGUUUUUUUGUAUACAAAGGAGAUGUGGCAUGUUUCUAAGUUAAAACAAUUGUGUAGUCCUGAUAAAAGCUCUAAAAGCAAACAUGUUACUUUGUUUUAAAAUGGACCAAAUCACAGGACUGAAACUCAUCAUGUCAUGAACAGUUAUGAAAUAUCAAAACUUGUUUUUUUAUAAUGAAGGUUAUUUGUGUUUUUUUUUUUUUUUUUUUUUUCAGUUCUAAAGUGAUUAUAACAUUUGUAUUUAUAGAAAUAAAAGUACUCUAAUGAUAUCUUACUUUAAAAUUUGUAACAUUUAAAGUGUGAGUGUGAUAGACUUAAAGAAAAAGUCAAUUGUUGAACUAGUCUGACCCUACUUAUGUAACAAUAUUACAUGUGCUGUUAGAUGUGCUUUUGAGCCAGAUUUUGAUUCCAUCAUUUCAUCUAGUGCUUGUGAAGAUAAAAAUUAAUUUCUUACAAUUAAAUUUGUAAAUACAAACAAGUCUGUGAACUUAUUUUUUCCCCCAUCAUUUGAAAGUAUUUUCUUUUGGUUGAUUUGGUUUCAUGGUCAAUAGAUCAAAGUUUUAUCUUUUUUAUUGUUCUGUUCAAAUUGGUUUUAUUUAAAUACUAUUUGAACUGCUAAUUAUACCACAGAAAUUUGAGUGCACAGAUUUAACAAUUAUACAAAAAACAUCACAGAAAGUGAUACAUAGAUAUAAGACUGAUCUAUAAACAUAGCUACAAACAUUGUAAAUGUCAGAAAUAUAUAUUUGUCAGAAAGCAACAUAACAUUUCUGCAAAAGCUGAGUUCCUGUUUUGAUUUCUGGGAAGAUGAAUGUGGCUGAUGUCUCAGCAUAGCUUCUAAAUAUUAGAUCUAGUUUUUAGUCAAAAUAUUUUUGGAAAAUUAUUAGUGUGCUCUCACAUGUUGAUUGUAAUGUGUCCUGAAUCGCACACUAUAAAAAUCAAGGAUAUUUUUUAAGGUUGUUGAUUUUAUAAAAAUAAUAUAGAAUCUAGAUCUAGAAGGUUUAUUUUUUGUUAUAUAUGCUAAAUUAAAAAAAAAAAUUUAACAAAUGUACUAAGUUUCAAAAAAAUGUCUGAGAAAUAACGUAAAAGUCUUGUCCAGUCUCUCUCUAUAUAUAUAUGCAGUGCACAUGGUAGAGUUUUUACCAAUAGAAGGCGCUGAAGAUAAAAAAUUGUCCACUGCAGACAAUGGCUUCAUUUGCAUCAGAUAUGACAAACUAAACUCUUUGCAUCAGGCUCUUGAUUGCCACCUUCGUGUGUAUGUUUCCAGCUUUCUGUAUGUUCACCAUCAGCCAAACUGUUACCCCUUGUAUUAAAAAAAAAAAAAACUUUUAAUGCUUAUUAAAUUAUAUUUUGUUAUAUUAAAUAAUUCCUAAUAUUUUUGUACAAAAACAAAAACCAAACAGAAAACAAAGAAGUAAGAUAAAAUUCAUCCACAAUUGUAGAGCACAAAACUAAAAGAAUUUUUUUUUAGUUCACAUUUUUUAAGGAAUGAUGGCAAAAAAAUUAAUGCUUAAAAUUUCUAUUCACAUUUUUAAUCUUUGAAUUCUAAUGAAAACUAUUACCUUGACCCAACAAAUGUUAACACUGAUUUCUUUAAUGAUGCAAUUCAAAAGAUUGAAUGGUUGAAACAUCACCUAAUAUAUAUAUAUAUGAAUGGCUUACUUUGUUUAAUGUGUUAAAAAGAGAGCAAAUAUUUAAAGUUUUACAUUACUGCUAUACAGAUGAACUAUUUGUUAAAUAAUUACAUAAGAAAUAUUUUGUAAACAUCUCAAAAAUCGGUCCAGUUUUUUGUUAUUUUUGUCUUUAAACAAACAGAAUUGCACAAUAGUUUGAAACACUAGUUUGAAACCAGUAUAUUGUUUUUAAAAAAUGUGUUCAAACAAGGUAUCAUUUCUUGUUUUGAUUUGUCUUCAAACUUUUAAACAGACUUAAAGAAUAGACACGCUUAACAGAAUUUAUUGUCUGCACAAUAAUUCAAUUAACCAUCAGAAUUUAGAAUGUUUUAGAUAAACAUAUGUGGAUGAAGUGUGGACUGAGUGGUAAAUUCAUUGGCAACCUAAUUGAAGGUAUUGAAAUGAACUUUCACUUAGCGCUGGAAUUUUACCUAAAAUUAAUAAGAGUGAACAAAGUUUGACUGGGUGCUUCUGCCAUUACUUUGCCAUAAUUAUAUGUUGAUGCAAUUUUUAUUUUCAUUUCAUACUAGAACUAGAAAAAAAAAGUGAUACAAAUGUACAAUCUUUGUGAUGGCAAUAUUUUUGUAACAUUACGCAUUGUGUUCAUAUGUGAUAGAAUUUGCUCAGAAUGUGUUGAUCAUGAUAAGGUCAAAGUAUAAAAGAUACUUGUCUAAGAAAUCUUUUAGCAGCCCAAUGAUAUGGAAUUAAUGGGUUUUUUAUAUAUAUAUUUUUUUUGUCCAAUUUUUCCACCCAGAUAAAGUUGUGUACUCAUUCCAUAUUUUCCAUGCUUCAAAGAUUUUCUUUCUAUCCCCCCCCCCUUUUUUUUUUAAAUGAUGAAUGCUGAUGCUAUUUGCCAGUGGUGAAUCUUGUAAAUUUGUUAUGGGAGAGUGCAAUCGCUUAGCUAAAUAAAAACUCUGUUUCAUUAAUUAAUCUUAAGUUUCAAAAUAAUAUAAAUUAAAUUGAAAAGUACAAUCAAAUUUUUUUUAUUAUGAUAUGCUUCAAUUGAGAUGAGACAUUUAAUAUUAGUGUCAAAAGUUUACCAUUCAAUGCUGAUGUUUCUUGUUUUAAAGUAAUUUUCAACAGAAAAAAUAAAUAAAUAAGGGAUUUUAUGAAUAUCAAACGAAAAAUGGAAUGAAGAUAAACAUGAAAUCUUUACUAUUUGUAUUUUUAUUUGUGAUGAAAAACACAAACUUCUCUAACAAGUAUUGAACAGGUGGACUUUGUUUAAAGAAAAUAUUUUUGUUUGUGAUGCAACUUAAAUAUUUGAAACUACUUACAUUUAUUAUAGGGCUAGAUAUCUGGCUUGUGGGAUACAUUUGGGGUACUCAAUUGGACCCUAGUUUAUAUAAUAUAUGAUGUAUUCAUAGUCUGAACAGGUUCUUGGUUAGACAUUGAAAUAAGUUUUCAAACAAGUUCCUUUAUCCAUUAUUUCCUUUCUAUUAGUACAUUGAUAAUCUUAUUUUACUGCUGUUGUAGUCAGUAUUGCCAGUGAUUUUUGUUUUCUUCCAUGCACAAACCUUAACUCCAUGAAGUGCCUUUGAAUAUGACUAGUGUAAACACAGUGUUAUGCUUCAAUGUAUUUUGUAUAUAUUGUCCAUACUGAGAGUAGCAUUAAUAUUUGAAAUCAGUUGUUGGUUAUCUCCAAAGAUAAUUGAAGAUGGCUGUUUUGUUUUCUAUGCAUUAUUUAUUCUACAUGUUUUGUUUCGUUCAUUACUUUUCUACUUAUCUUCUAUACACAACUUUUUGUAUUACGUUUUGUAACAUUAUUUAUGGUCAAAAACGGAAAAAAAUAAAAUAUUAUAACCUUUA